AUGGAUCAACUUAUAGAUGCCAACGAGUUGACCGAAUUAUCAAUAUUCAACUUCUUCUUUGUUUCUUUCCUUUUUUUCGUGUCAUUAACUGUCCUUUCUUUCUUUAGUUAUUUAUUUCUUACCCUCUUUUAUCUGUUUCUUUUUUUUUAUACAUUUAACUCUUUUUUCUUUCAUUUUUUCGUGGCCUCAUUUCUCUAUUUUUUCUAUUUCUUUUCCAUACCAUUAACUCUUCUUUUCUUUCUUUCUUUCUUUCUUUCUUUCUUUCUUUCUUUCUUUCUUUCUUUCUUUCUUUCUUUCACAAUUUAUUACAUACCCUCUUAUUUCUUUGUUUUUUUUUUCAUACCAUUAACUCCUCUUUGUUUGUUAGUUUCUCUCUUUCUUUUUUCGUAUCCUAAUUUCUCUUUUUCUUUUUCAUACCCUUAUUUCUUCAUUCUUUCUUACUUUCUUUCAAAACCUCUUUUCUCUGUUUCUUUUUCAGAUCAUUAUUUAUUCGUUUUUUCUUACUUUCUUACACAUUUUCUCUAUUUUUCCAUGCUAUUAAACCUUCUUUCUUUCUUUCUUUUUUCUCCUGGCUCCUUUCAUUCUUUCUUUAGUUUUCGAUUCCAUUCACACAUCUAUUAUAUUCAUUCAGUGCUUUUUUUUAUUUUUUUCGAUUUCUUUUUCUUAAUCAUAUUUUAUCUUUUUCUUUCUUUUUUAUUAUAUUUUACUUUAUUUUCCUUCCUUUUCAAAUUCUUUCUUACUUUUUUCGCUGAUUUCAUUCCUCUUUCUGAGUAA